AUGUCAGCUUUGGACAAGGACAGCCAUGAGCCUUCCGUGCAGAUCGAGGAUACCGACAAGGAUGUCUACUCUUUCCGGAGCGCUUCUCCUGGGACAGACGGUGUCCCCGAGAUUGACGACGCUACGAACAGACGCCUGCGAUGGAUGAUCCACAAACGCGUUUUGGUUGUGAUGGUCGUGACUUACUUUGCGCAGACUCUAGACAAAGGAACUAUCAACUUCGCCUCCAUCAUGGGUAUCCGCACGGACACGAAUCUCCACGGACAGCAGUAUGCUUGGUUGACGACAUGUGUGUAUAUCGCGAUUCUCUGCUGGGAGUUCCCUGCCAACCGCCUCCUGCAACGCCUUCCGGUUGCGAAGCUCUUGGCUUUCAACAUCACAGCUUGGGGAGCUAUUUUGGCCUGUACUGCUGCAUGCAAGAAUUUCACUGGGUUGGUGAUAGUACGCACCCUGCUUGGAAUGUUUGAAUGCAUCUGCCAGCCCGCGUUCGUUUUCAUGUCUACCAUGUGGUAUACUCGGGAGGAGCAAGCUCUCGUGAUUGGAGCGUUCUACUCUAUGAACGGCUUCCAGCAGUGUGUUGGAGGUCUCAUUGCUUACGGUAUAGCACACAUUGAGCACGCCAGGCUGAAGAACUGGCAAGUCCUAUUCACGUUGCUUGGAUGUGUCACAGCAUUGUGGGGUAUCUUCGUCUUGUGGUGGCUCCCCGACAGCCCGAUGCGCGCGCGCUGCUUCUCCAAAGAGGAUCGUCUUCUUAUGGCUGAACGAGUGAGGAAAAACGAGACUGGGAUUCAGAACAAGGAGUUCAAGGCACUCACUGAUCCCAAUGUUUGGGCCGUCACCUUGAUAUCGCUCACAAACGCCCUGCCGACUGGUGGACUCGGCGCCUUUUCGAAUAUCAUCCUCAAUGCUUUCGGAUUCACUCAGCUCCAGACCUACUUGCUUGCUAUCGCGCAAGGAGCAAUCAUUAUGAUAUUCUUGUUCAGCGGAGCCUAUCUCUCGAAGCGCUACAACCAGAAGCUCUUGUUUGCUUUCCUGUACACCUUGCCGAACAUCGCUGGAACGAUCGUCUUCCUCAGUAAGCAAGAAUCACUCUGUACACAGGGUUUUGGGGCGGUGGCUGUUCUGAAUUUGGCAGUGAUGUCUGGCAACGUAGCUGGCCGCACCAAGCAGGUCAUUGCCUCUACGCUGGUAUUCGUUGCAUGGGCCGUUGGAAAUGCGGUUGGCCCCCAGGUUUUUAGAGCCAACGACGCCCCACGCUACAUCAAGGCAUUCAUCGCUCACAUGGUCGUUUAUGGUGUCCAGCUGGUCGUGAUAGUCACGUUGCGUCUGCGACUCAUGCGUCUUAAUGCUCUGAAGCGACGCGCACAGAAGGGCUUCGACGAUGCAGCAAACAGGGAACGAAUUGAGCACAAACACGCAUUUGACGAUCUUACGGACAAGGAAAAUCCGGAUUUCCGUUAUGUCUAUUGAUCUCAACGAAAGCCUCUACUACUCUAAGGCGCAUCUGCAAUCCCGUGCCGCAGCCUUUUCUCAUGACUUAUACAUACGAAGCUCAACUAAUACGUAUGAAUGACGAGCGCUAACAAGAACUGCAUGCCGAGCAAGAAAUUAUGUGUCGAACCCAUACGUUCCAUCUACUGUCAAGAUGGACAUCCCACCAUCCUUUGUGACCCGUUUUCUCGUCUUGAUCAACAGAGACCGACGGCCAAGUUGACCUAGCCUACGCUUUGUGCCGUUGCUAGCGCCGGUGGAAGGAUUGUUUUCUUCCAGGAUAGCGAGUCCGGACGGAGCCAAGACAAUGGCUUCACCAGUCUUUGAAUGAUGCAACAGUUAGAAAGCAAGAUAUAUGACUGGCAAUCCGCUGACACGUGUUUGGCUAAAUGGUUCCACCAAGCUGAUGAUGAGAAUCGGUGCAUUAUCGCCAGAGACGACAGCUCGAUGAAAACAGGCGGUAUGAUGGUGGGCUCUGCGGUACACUACUUGGUAUUGAGUUACACUGAGUCCGGUGUCACGUACCUUGCGUGCUCAGAACGACUCUCAUCGCCAUAUGUCUCU